AUGAAAAAGUAUGCCACCGAGGGUAGAAAUAUUCCCUUAAAGAAAAACUGGUCAGAGACCUGGUGUACUUUGUCGACUCAUUUUGAAACUGUUUGUGAUCAAUAUUUUAAUUUGGAAUUGAGUAAAGAUGAUGUCUUUGUGGUGACUUUUAUGAAAUGUGGCACUACUUGGAUGCAGGAAUGUGCCUGGUUGUUGUUGAAUAAUUUAGAUUAUGAGAAAUCAAAUGAGGAGGUUGUUAUGAUCAGGAGUCCUUUCUUAGAUUUCCACAGCAUUACACCUGGUCUACGAAAUCACGUUGAGUUGAUUGAAAAACUACCCAGUCCCCGUUUAAUUAAAUCCCACUUACCGGCCAAUUUAUUGCCUUUACAAAUCUGGGAAAAGAAACAAAAGAUCAUUUAUGUGGCCCGCAAUGUUAAGGAUGUCAUUGUCUCCUCCUAUCACUUUGUAAAAAAUUUACAAAUGUGGCAUGGUGCCAAUUUCCAUGAGUAUGUUGAAGAUUUCCUUAAUAACGACAUCAUAUACACGCACUUCUGGUCGCAUAUAGUGGACUUUUGGAAAAUGCGUAAUGAACCUUUCAUAUUCUUUGUCACUUAUGAAGAAAUGAAACGUGAUUUGCCAAAUGUUUUGAAAAGACUGUGUGUGUUCCUAGAAAGACCUCAAUUGUCAGAGACAGAAAUGGAGGGACUUAUGCAACAUUUAUCAUUUGAUAGUAUGAAAAGUAAGUGGAAUUACUUAUUUAUAAUAAAAAAAACCAAUUUGACCUAUUUACUCAAAGACGGCAAUCCUGCCGUUAAGGAGGAGUUCCAAUUCAUGCGCCGCGGUAUGGUGGGUUCUUUUAAGGAUGAAUUAACUCCGGAGUUGAUUGCUAAAAUCGAUAAAUGGUCUGCAGAUUUUUUGGCUCAACAUGGUUUGAAAGAAGAGGAUAUUUUUGGUAAAUAUAGGUGGUAUUAG